AUGUCACUAAAAUCAAGUUAGUUCAUAACAUAGCUGAUGAUUUUUAAAUGCAGUCAUUGUUAAAAUCUAUAGUAUACAGAAGUUGAUAUUUUAAAAAUUUUAUACUGAUUGUUCUAUGUUUACUAAUAGUAUUGUAUAAAUUUUUUAACACUGUAAUAAUAUUUUUAAUAUUAUUUUUAAGAUAUGUAUGGAAGAAAAGGUUUUAAACUUAUAUCAGAAUUAGAUUUAUAUUCUGAUAUAUUACCAUUUAAUGUAGGUUGUGUGAUAGUAUGAUAUAAUAAUGUAAAUAAAUACUAAUUUGAAAAAAUGUUUUAUUCAUAGGAAGCACUAGUUAAAGAAGUUUUACAAGAAAUGCAAUCUCUCUAUGAGGCAAAUGUGGCAAAUAGGUUCUUAUAAAAUAUAAUAAUGUAAAAGUUAAAACUUAAAAAACACUUAUUGUUGAACAAACUUUUUUCAGCAAUGUCAUUAGGAAUGAUAAUAAUAUGGCAUUAUUACCAUCUGUACAGUUGAGACAUUUAGCAUUAAAAAGGAAUAAAAGAUGUAUCUUAGCAUACAUAUAUAACAGAAUGAAGAAACUAAAAGAAUUACGAUGGGAAUUAGGAAGCAUUCUACCACCAGAAAUAAAUACCAAUCUAAUAAAUGCUGAGGUUCAGUGGUUUCAGUCAUACAAUAAAUCUUUAGCUAAAUACAUGAGAUCCUUAGGAGAAGAUCAAGGGUUUAAUCUAACAACGAACAUGGUGCCUCCAAAAACUCCUUAUGUAGAGGUAAAAUGUGUAGAGGAUUUUGGAAAAUUAGAACUGGAUGAUGGUCAAGUUAUUUUAUUGAAAAAGAAUACAUAUCAUUUAUUACCAAGAUCUGUAUGUGAACCUCUGAUACGACAAGGAAUUCUUGAACAUAAGAGUACAUGAUAUUAUUUUUAUAUUUUGCAAAAAUAAAAAUUAUAUGGUCUUAACAAAAGUACUUGUUUAUUUCAAUUGUAUAUAUAUCUAAAUAAAGUUUUAUUAACAUUUUGUUAUAUAUAUAUAUAAUUUGUAUUUACGUAUUUUAUUAUAUGUUUAAAACUUUAUUUAGAAGAAAGCAUCUGAUCAAUUAUUAUCAAAAUAACGACUAAAAAAUGUAUGUGCCCGCAUAUUUAUGUCUGCUUUCAUUAGGAAUUUCCCGUGUAAACAUAAUUUUGUCUACCGCGUAGUUGAUUCAAACGGUUGACAGCGCACAUUGCACUACGUCUUUUGCUUAAGUUAGUUACUUUAUUUGUUUCGUAAUGCUUAAUCUAUGUUUAAUACAUAAUCUUAUACCUAGAAUAAUUAUACCUAGAAAUAUGUAUUUGUAGAAUUUCCUACGAAUGGGAGACGAUGCAAACAAUUCAGUUGAGAUCAAUAAAAUCUGACGACUAGCAUGAUUUUUAUUCAUUGCGAAGAUACUUCCAAACGAGUAAGUGAUCACUUAAUAUAUGAUUAUUUUUAUUUUUUUUCGAUAAAUUAUUCGUAUUUUGUUUCCAUUUUUGUUUUUAUUUGAAAACAAUCUAAAUAUUGGAUGAGCAAAUUAUUAAAUAAAUAAUAUUUUUUAAUAUAUUAAGAUUUAUAA